AUGGCGGCCGUUACUUCUUCAUGCUCCACCGCGAUCUCCGCCUCUUCCAAAACCUUAGCGAAGCCAGUCGCCGCAAGCUUUGCUCCUACUAAUCUCUCAUUUUCAAAGCUUUCUCCUCAUUCAAUUAGGGCUCGUAGAUCCAUCAUCGUCGGCAGCGCAAUAGGCGCCACUUCGGUGUCGGCACCUCCCGCUACUCUUCCGGUUUCGCUCGAUUUUGAGACUUCUGUCUUCAAGAAGGAGAGAGUUAACCUCGCCGGACACGAAGAGUACAUCGUGAGAGGAGGAAGAGAUUUGUUUCAUUUGUUGCCUGAUGCUUUCAAGGGGAUUAAGCAGAUUGGUGUCAUUGGAUGGGGUUCACAGGGACCUGCUCAGGCACAGAAUCUACGUGACUCGCUUGUUGAAGCAAAGUCUGACAUCGUGGUUAAGGUCGGACUCAGGAAAGGUUCUAGUUCCUUUAAUGAGGCUCGGGAGGCUGGAUUUAGUGAGGAGAAGGGAACUCUAGGUGACAUAUGGGAAACUAUAUCGGGCAGUGAUCUUGUAUUGCUGUUAAUUUCUGAUUCUGCACAGGCAGAUAAUUAUGAGAAAAUAUUUUCCCACAUGAAGCCAAACAGUAUACUUGGGCUGUCCCACGGUUUUCUUCUUGGGCACUUGCAGUCAAUUGGACUUGAUUUUCCCAAAAACUUCAGUGUAAUUGCUGUGUGUCCAAAGGGGAUGGGUCCAUCUGUAAGGAGGCUGUAUGUACAAGGCAAAGAGAUAAACGGUGCUGGAAUUAAUUCAAGUUUUGGAGUCCACCAGGAUGUGGAUGGCAGGGCUACUGAUGUUGCUUUGGGGUGGUCUGUUGCCCUUGGUUCUCCUUUCACAUUUGCCACUACAUUAGAGCAAGAAUACAAGAGUGACAUUUUUGGAGAGAGAGGAAUUUUACUGGGUGCUGUUCAUGGAAUUGUUGAGUCCUUGUUUAGAAGGUACACUGAGAAUGGUAUGAGUGAGGAUCUGGCUUAUAAGAACACCGUUGAGUCCAUAACAGGAGUAAUAUCUAAAACCAUCUCAACUCAGGGCAUGUUGGCUGUAUACAAUGCUUUAUCUGAAGAUGGAAAGAAGGAAUUUGAAAAAGCAUACAGUGCUUCUUAUUAUCCCUGCAUGGAAAUUUUGUAUGAGUGCUAUGAGGAUGUAGCCAGCGGUAGUGAGAUUCGCAGUGUUGUUUUGGCUGGUCGUCGAUUUUACGAGAAAGAGGGUCUGCCUGCAUUUCCCAUGGGUAAAAUUGAUCAGACCCGGAUGUGGAAGGUUGGUGAACGCGUUCGAUCUACAAGGCCGGCAGGUGAUCUAGGCCCUCUAUAUCCAUUUACCGCCGGUGUCUUUGUGGCAUUGAUGAUGGCCCAGAUUGAGGUCUUGAGGAAGAAGGGGCAUUCUUACUCUGAAAUCAUUAAUGAGAGUGUGAUUGAGUCUGUUGAUUCUUUGAAUCCAUUCAUGCAUGCUCGCGGUGUUUCUUUCAUGGUUGACAACUGCUCAACCACAGCAAGGUUGGGUUCAAGGAAAUGGGCUCCCAGAUUUGAUUACAUUCUAACUCAGCAGGCCUUGGUGGCAGUGGACAGUGGAGCUCCCAUCAACCAGGACCUGAUCAGCAACUUCGUGUCAGACCCAGUGCACGGAGCCAUUCAAGUUUGUGCUGAGCUAAGACCCACAUUAGACAUUUCAGUGCCGGCAGAUGCAGACUUUGUCCGUCCUGAAUUGCGCCAGUCUAGUAACUAG